UUGGUUAUUGUGCCACGCGAUCAAGAACGCGUGCAAAAUUUUAUUGAAUUCAAAACAUUUUAAUCCUGUUUUGCAUGUCAUGAAAGAGUCAUCUAUUAAGCAUGACCUGUGGGAAUGCGCCGAAUUAGAGGAGACACGUGUGCGCAGAAGCGAGUGUCUGAACCCUAAUGUCAUUCAUCUCCAACAGAGGCUAGCUGGUCUGGAUCCCAAUUCCUUGAAUGAUGUGGCGGCUACCAUUUCAAACCUACCUUCUGAGCUGGUAGAUGCACUUCAGAAGUAUAUUGAUGACUUUGAAUACGAGGCUGCUGAGAUGAAAGAGCGAAUCGAGAAGUUGAAUUCACAAAGCGCACAGGACGAAGGACGGAUGCGCUCCAUAGCAGUCAAGAUAGAACGACUAAAGGAUGAUAUCGCCUUUCUUUCUGACCAAACUUCCGCGGAUUUACUGGCAUUUCAAGAAAAAAUGAAGCUCAGCAGUGUCACUGCAAAGGAGCGGAAUCGAGAGAUCGCAGAGAUUCGGAGAAAGCGGGAGAGGGCAGAGAUGGAGACCCGUCGCACUAAAAUGGAGAUUGAGCGGCUCCGAAAGAUCUCAAAACGAGUACAUGGCUAAAAAAAGAUUAGAUGAGACAACAAAAAUAAAAUAAAAGACUGAAUCGAGAGGGCGGUCAUACACUUGAAGACGGUGAAUGGGACGGCUAAAAUAUUUGUCUCCCGCUUAAGGUAGAGUUCACGUGUGGAGGUUGCUUUCUCAAUAGAUUUGAUUUAUUAGAUGCUUGUACAACAGAUUCACUCAGAAGAAAAUAA